AUGUCCAAUUGUAAAGUUUGCAACCAUCCGCUAGGAAAAAGGCUCAAAGUUUCGUGUGCUGAUUGUACUCAAGACUUUCAUGGGUCUUGUGUCAGGCUAAGCAAAGCAGACAUUGAAUAUCUAGCAAGUGAAAAUAUAGUGUGGAGGUGUGAGCCUUGUGCAGUAACUAGGCGCAGCAGUCUACGGCUGGAGUCUCAGGCUACAGAAGGAAAUCUUUCACUGCAAGAUGUUAUCAAAGCUAUUGAAGAUCUUAAAAGUGAGUACAAAAAUUCGCUUAAUGAUUUAAAUGUCUCCUAUGAAUUAUUGAACAGUAAGAUUGAUGACAACACAGAGGCAGUAAAACAAAACAAUAAGAAAGUAGAUGACUAUUUGAAACUAAUUGACACUCUUGCAGCAGAAAACAGUAAACUAAAGGAUAGAGUCUCUAUUUUAGAAAAUAAAGUCGAUGAAAUGGAACAAUACUCUAGAAAAAACUGUGUUGAAAUUCAUGGGAUACCUGAAACUGAUAAUAAUGUUAUGGAUCAUGUAAAAUCUGUAGGCCAAGCUCUUGGUAUGGAGAUAACUGACCAAAUGAUUGACAACUGUCAUUUGUUACGCAAAAGGCCAGGUUCAGAUAGGCCCCCAGGCAUCAUAAUUAAGUUUGUGAGAAAAAUAGAUGCUGAAAAUAUGUUGCAAAAGAGGAAAGGGAAGAAGCUUUCUACUAGGCAUCUGGGAAUGCAGUCAGAUAUCCCAGUCUAUAUUAAUGAAUCCUUAUCACCGGCUAGAAGGAGAUUGCUUGCCAUGGCGAGAGAGGUAAAGCUCCAGAAACAUUACAAGUGGUUAUGGGUGAGGGGUGGAAAAAUAUUUUUAAGAAAAGAAGACAAUGGCCCAGUGUCAACUGUGACAUGCCAAGCAGACCUGGUGAAACUGUGA